GAAUUCUCUUGCCCAUUUUUCAGAUGAGGAAACCGAGGUCCCAAGAAAUGAAGUGACUAGCCCACGGCCCAUCAGCUGGAUCACGCUGGCACUGGCUUGACAAGAAACCUCGAGGGGUAAGGACAGACGCCAAGAGCCCAAGAGGAGACAACCGCACUGCUCUCGAUCUCCUGGGAGUACCCCUUCUUGCUGCUCAUGCCGCUGGGACUGGGGCGGCGGAAAAAGGCGCCACCUCUGGUGGAAAAUGAAGAAGCCGAGCCAGGCCGUGGGGGGCUGGGCGUGGGGGAGUCGGGGCCCCUGGGCGGAGGUGGGGCAGGGGGGCCCCAAAUGGGCUUGCCGCCCCCUCCCCCGGCCCUGCGGCCCCGCCUCGUGUUCCACACCCAGCUGGCCCACGGCAGCCCCACUGGCCGCAUCGAGGGCUUCACCAACGUCAAGGAGCUGUACGGCAAGAUCGCCGAGGCCUUCCGGCUGCCACCUGCGGAGGUGAUGUUCUGCACCCUCAACACCCACAAAGUGGACAUGGACAAGCUCCUGGGGGGCCAGAUCGGGCUGGAGGACUUCAUUUUCGCCCACAUCAAGGGGCAGCGCAAGGAGGUGGAGGUGUUCAAGUCGGAGGACGCGCUGGGGCUCACCAUCACGGACAAUGGGGCCGGCUAUGCCUUCAUCAAGCGCAUCAAGGAAGGCAGCGUGAUCGACCACAUCCAGGUCGUCAACGUGGGCGACAUGAUCGAGGCCAUCAACGGCCAGAGCCUGCUGGGCUGCCGGCACUACGAGGUGGCCCGGCUGCUCAAGGAGCUGCCCCGAGGCCGCACCUUCACGCUGAAGCUCACGGAGCCCCGCAAGGCCUUCGAUAUGAUUAGCCAGAGAUCAGCCAGUGGCCGACCUGGCGCUGGCUCCCAGCUGGGCACCGGCCGAGGGACCUUGCGGCUCCGAUCCCGGGGCCCUGCUACCGUGGAGGAUUUGCCCUCGGCCUUCGAGGAGAAGGCCAUCGAGAAGGUGGACGACCUGCUGGAGAGUUACAUGGGCAUCAGGGACACAGAGCUAGCGGCCACCAUGGUGGAGCUAGGGAAGGACAAGAAGAACCCAGACGAGCUGGCCGAGGCCCUGGAUGAACGGCUGGGUGACUUCGCUUUCCCGGAUGAGUUCGUCUUUGACGUCUGGGGCGCCAUCGGGGACGCCAAGGUCGGCCGCUACUAGGACUCCCACUGGACUGCAAGAUGGCCGUGGCCCGGCCUGGCACGGGUCCCCAGAGGGGACAGAGCAACUUGGACCUGAGUGUCCAGCUUCGGCCUUGCUCGGCAGCCGGAGAGGAGGGAGGUGGAGCCCAGCCCCCGGCCCGCUGUAGUCGGUACCAUGCCCUUCCCAGCCUGGCUGGGGUCCCCUGCUCCCCACCUACCUCAGCAGGGUCAGGCACAGGGAGGGACCGGCCAAACCCAAACCCUGCGGCCACUCCCGCCCCCAACACUUUCCACCAUCAGCUGCCAAACCGGUCCCUCUGUCUCCCUGGGGCCUGGGGUUUUUUGGGGGGUCAUGACCUCUGUAGUUUCCUGACGCAGGGUUUGCAGAACGGGGCGGGGGGGGGUUGUCUCCCCUUCCCCCCGGCAAAUGCAAUGAUACCUUCCUUCUCCGCCACCCUCCUCCCGAGAGGAGCCCCCUCGCCCACCCACCACGGGGAGUCUGUUACUUCCACAUUUGAAAGUCUGCUGUGAACCCCCAAAGCCCUCCCCACCCCAGUCUCUCCCUCAUGGCCCAGCCCAGGGCCAGAGCGGAGGGAGAGACGGGGUGGUGGGCUUUUGUAUCUGAAUUUGCUGUCUGGAACAUAAAGAAUCUAUCCGCC